AUGCCCUUCCCCUGUUUAUCUCUUGUCACCAGAAAAAACGGGUUCGAAUUCCUAGUCGAAUCAUUGGCAUAUGCCAUGGCACUGGUCCCUAUAUCUGAUGCGCGUGUGUUCGGUGGCCGCCCAGUCUCACACGACCUCGAACAGAACAAAUCAUCAGCACAGAGCGAACUUCCAAAAGAUCGAAAUGACAAAAUUGUCCGCGUUGUUUUACUUUUGCAGACGUCAAACAUGGCGAAGCUGGACACAAUUGAUGAAGAUGUACUAGGUCCUGCUACACGAUAUCUUGUACCCAUCGCAGACCAGAAUCCGAAUUUCUUACUGUCAAAGAUAACGCUACGGCAUCUCAAAUCUUUGGUUUGUGUAUGGCAUCGCUUCAAGGAAGCACUUUCCCCUAAUAUCUCUGUGGAAGUGCAUCAAAUUGCAAUACCCCAACCCGAGCUUCAAUACCCGGGGACAUGCCGAGAAAUCGCAAGUUUGGAGCCACCAGAUAAUAUAUCCGAGAAGCUUGCAUUGGCACUGCCAUCCAUGCCUUCACUGAAAACAUUCCAUAUCAACUUCGAUCCCGCUUUCUACUGUGGCCCUUGGAACACACUUCUCCAGUCCCUCAACUCCUUGCCGUGCCUUGAAAUUCUGGACAUUGAUGCCCAAUGGAGAUACUAA